CACGCGCGUGUUCAUCUCUAACGCACAUGCUCAGAUGCAGAGGCUCCCCCUGGCCUGCGCGCGCUGGUGUGCAGGCGGGAAGAAAGCGAGAGCGCGCGCGCCAGAGAGAGAGAGGGAGACAGAAAGAUAGAGAGGCGGAGGAGGAGGAGGCUCGGGCCGCCGCUGCACCCCGGAGGAGCGGAGCGAAUAGGAGAAAAGAGAAGCGAGGAGAAAAGAAGAGAAGACGCCGCCGAGGGAGCGGAGCCGUGCUCAGGGAAUUGGCAGGCCGGAUGAAUAGCAGUAGCUGAGGAAGUCAUGUUCCUGCCUGACCUGCAUUUGAAGAACAGAAGCAGAGCGUGAAGAUCAGCAGGGACGAUGCCUCAGCAUGCAGACAUGGCGGUGCCUGGGUUGUACAGCUUGAAGGAUGUUCUCCUCUGUGAAGGCCUUUGAGGGGCAGCAGUAUUCGGUGCUGAAGAAGCAGUGCAUGCAAAGCGGGACUCUGUUUGAGGAUCCGUUCUUCCCCGCUGUGGAUGAUUCUCUGUUCUAUCAGGGGAACCGUAUUGGCCACGUGCACUGGAAAAGACCUGGGGAGCUGUGUGAUGAUCCGCACUUGUUCGUGGACGGGAUCAGCGCUCAUGACCUGCACCAAGGGCAACUGGGAAACUGCUGGUUUGUGGCGGCGUGUUCAAGCCUGGCCUCGCGCGAGUCUCUUUGGCAGAAAGUUAUUCCUGACUGGAAAGAGCAGGAAUGGGAUACGGAGAAAACAGACUCGUACGCUGGAAUUUUCCACUUCCGCUUUUGGCGCUUUGGUGAUUGGGUGGAUGUGGUGAUCGAUGACCGCCUACCGACGGUGGACAAUCAGCUGGUGUACUGCCACUCACAUGACAGCAAUGAGUUCUGGAGUGCUCUGGUGGAGAAAGCUUAUGCCAAAGUGUACGGCUGUUACGAAGCUCUGGAUGGUGGGAACACGGCCGACGCUUUAGUGGACUUCACCGGUGGCAUCUCGGAGCCAGUGGACCUGCUGGAAGGAAUGUACGCUCAGGAUGAAGCUGCCAGGAACCAGAUGUUCGAGAGAGCGCUGAAGGUCCACAAUCGAGAUGGACUCAUCAGCUGCUCCAUCAGGGCCACCACAGUGGAGGACAUGGAGGCUCGGCUGGAAUGUGGGCUGGUCAAAGGUCACGCUUACGCAGUCACCGACGUUCGGAAAGUGCGCUUGGGCCAUGGCUUGCUAUCCUUCUUCAAAUCUGAGAAGCUGCAAAUGAUUCGCAUGAGGAACCCCUGGGGGGAGAAGGAGUGGAGCGGGCCAUGGAGUGACAGCUCAGAGGAAUGGAAUAAGGUGAGCAAGAGCGAGAGAGAGAAGCUGGGCGUCACUGUGCAGGAUGACGGAGAGUUUUGGAUGAACUUUGAGGAUUUCUGUCACUACUUUACUGACCUCAUCCUGUGUCGGCUCAUCAACACGUCCUACCUGAGCAUCCAUAAGACCUGGGAGGAGGAGGUGAUGAGAGGAUCGUGGGUUUGCCGAGACGACCCUCUGCGUAACCGCUCAGGAGGCUGCAUCAAUCACAAAGCCACUUUCCUGCAGAACCCUCAGUACGUGUUCGACGUGAGGAAGGUGGAGGAUGAGGUCUUGAUCUGCCUGCAGCAGAAAGAGAAAAGAGCGACUCCCAAAGAAGGCAGAGGAGAAAACCUGGCUAUCGGCUUCGACAUCCAUCGGGUGGAGCUGAACAGAAAAUACCGCAUGCACACGGCCCAGCAGAAAGUCGCAGGUUCUAUCUACAUCAACUCUCGCUGCGUCUUCCUGAGGAAAGAGCUGAAAGAGGGCCGCUAUGUCAUCAUCCCUACGACCUUUGAACCUGGCCAGCAAGGAGAGUUCUUGCUCCGGGUAUUCACAGAUGUGCCUUCAGACUGCAAAGAGUUGACCCUGGACGAGCCUCCUCAGACGUGUUGGACAGGGAUGUGUGGAUAUCCUCAGCUGGUCACUCAGGUGCACGUGCUGAGUGCUGAGGGGCUGCAGGGACAAGACUCUAACGGAGCCUCAGAUCCAUACGUGAUUAUCACCUGUGAGGCGGAGAAAGUUCGAUCACCUGUGCAUAAGGACACACGAUGUCCCAACUUUGACAUCAAAGGGGUGUUCUAUCGCAAAAAGCCAAAAGAAGGCAUUCACAUUGAGAUCUACAAUAAGAAUGUGAUUGUAGACACCUUCCUGGGUCAGGUCACUCUCUUCAGUGAACCGAAUGAUCGACAGGAGCAGCACAUUGUCCACCUGAGGGACAAGGGCAGCCGCCAAGACAAUGACCUCCCCGGCAUGCUGACCGUUCGCCUGAUCACCUGCACCACGCUGACCAACAUCUGACACCAUACUGAACCUCAGCCCUGCUCGUUACCUCUUCCUUUCUUCUCUCUCGAGGGCCUGAAAUCAAGGUAUUCCUCAUCCCUUGCUGAAUACCCAUAUCAUUUUGCAGUGCUCGCGUAGUAUUCAUAAGGGCUACACAUUAGUUGUGCAUGAGCAGCUGAGGUCGGUUCGGUAUUGGGACCUUUGCGGAGUCUUCGCCUUGCGAUCAGCCGCAUGGUUUCCUGCUGCCAGCUUAUCUCAACAAAAAUCAGUUCUUGCCAUCACUUUUUGUGCUCCCUCAUGGUAAUCCUACCAGUUCAGACUUGCAUUACUAUCUUACUUUUUUGAAGACCAUUUAGGGAUGCCUUGGAUAGCGCAUGACCCACCCGAUCUGCUUUUUGAACAACAAUGAGGAUGACUCGAGUGCCUCUGAAUUGCGUGUAUUCUUCGAAAUUUUUGGAUGUGCAGCAGCAUGCUUGGUGUAGCUUUGCAACAAUACCAAGAAACAGGGGCACGCAGUUCAGCCACGACCAGCCGCCUCCGAGGACCAAAAGCCCAUUCAGCCUCCAUCCCCAUAGAAACACCACUGCCUGAAGACCGUGACAGUUUAAACAGCUCAUGUGUGUGUGAGUGUGUGUGUGUGUGUGUUUGCGUGUGCAUGUGUGUGCGUAUGCUAAUCCAGAAUAAAACCCCCUCAGACGACCCUUCAAAGGUCAUGCAUGUGUAAACAAACUAUAUAAAUUCCAGCACUCAUUUUUAGAGUGGAGAGCAGUCUGUAGGAGAUGGGCAUGUGUACAGUAUACACACUUUGCAUGUAUACCUCACUCAUGAGAUAGUAACGUGAUGUGACAGAAUGCUGGAUCUCUUCAGCUCUUGCCAAACAGCAUGUGCCAUGACGCGAGUUCUAUUAGAACUGUUCUUCCACUCCACCAGGGGGUGCUGUACUAAUGCUCUAGGAACCGCAGACUCUUUAACUGUCUUUUCCGAUUGCUGAUGUGCCCUUUUACUAUGAACUACUAAAAAGCUCUUUAUAUAACUGCCAUGACCAGCUUAUGUGUUGCUAGCAUUUUAGUUGCUUGUGUUUUGGUGGUAAUGUUUGAACUGUUUAUCAAAUCUUAUAUUUAAAUGUCACCUUUAUUCAUUACUUGAAAAGGGACAUUUUUAUCGUCACUUUUUUGUAAUUUAUGCACAAUGCUCCAUGUUGUCUUAAAGCGUAUUUUGUUGCCUUUUUUUUUUCAAACAAGAAAUGAUGAGUGUUAUUUACAGUCAGAUAUUAAGACAAUAGAAAAUUAGGAUAUGUUUUAUGUUUCUAGCUGCAGCCCCAGGCACUAAUGAUGUGAAGACCCAGGCUUGGUGAAAGAAGCUUGUGCUUGGACAAAAGUAUAUUGUGCUUAUAAAAUGUAAAGUGCAGACAUAGACACAGGAUUUUAAUUUAGUCCUAAUCAUUUCAUUUUAAACAGAAAUUAACUAUGUAUUAACAAUGUCUUCUGUUUUUAUUUUAUUUUUUUUUCACUCAAAGGUAAUGGUAGCUACCUCACCAACAUUUUCGCUAGCUAGCUAACUUGCAUAAUGCUAGCUAGCUUAAUAUUUAACAUACAGUUAGUGCCUGAAAAUAGUAAUUGCAUUAGGGACAUCAAGCUGCCCCCAUGCCUUGACCGACUCCCAGCCCUUCUGCUUAAAAUACAUAGGAUUUAUCAAUUGUCAUUAAAGGAAGAGGUUCAGAGCUGAGCUCCUCUGCUUUAAUAGGUGGGUAGGGUUAACUUCAGGGACAGAAAAAUGUUACGAAUAUCCUAAAACGGCUCGACUAAUCUGCUACAGUACAUGAAUAACGUAUAAUAUUUUAGAGCAUCUGACAUAUUAUUUUAACUGAAACAGGUGACAAAUGAAAGCAAAGAAAAAACAUUUCUCUGUUGUAGGAGUAUUUAUUUAUUUCACUGGCAUGAUUUGGCUUCAAAUCACUACAGUUCAAUACAAAUCUAUUCAGCACCUUUAAUCUGAAAUGAAACAUUUCUAUCUCUACGUGGGUGGUCUCUUUCAGGGUAACUGACCCUUCCACAUGGGAUGAGAGUUCACUGAAUGUUUUGAUCCAGAUGAAAAUGAAUCAUAUGCUAUGGCCUCCACAGUCACUAGAUCUCAACCCUGUCAAACAUCUGUGGAAGACGGAGUGGCGUGUUAGACAGCACUCUACCAUCAUCAUCAUCUAAACACCAACUGAGGUCAUAGAUUUUGGGAGAAUUGCUCCAGAAGAUUUUUAGGAUCAAUUUGUGUGUUGUGCUCAUAUGGAAGAUUCAAUAAGACGCAUUCACAGCUUAAAAUACGACACUGGUUUGAACCUUAAAAUUAAACUUAAUACCAGUUCAGCAUUUUAUUCCAGCAAAUAUCCAGGUCCAGCAAUACUUUAAAUCCAUCCUUUAACUUCUCUACUUAAAAAAACAAAACAAAACUUGAAAGCAUACUUGAAAGUAAACUUUGAGACUAAGAUGAAUUAUUGCUUAAUUCUUCAAUGUUCAGUCAGAGGCUUUUCCCAGCAUGGGGUGUGUUCUGCGGUGCUGCAGCUAGCUGUCACUCAUUCAUUUAGCUUCUGCAUUGUGGCUUGUAGUAAAUAGCGGUAAAUAAGAUAUAAUGAUUUUCUGUCUUGGGGUUGUAUUCAGAGUUGAGUUAAGCAAACAUAUCGAGGAGUUCAAACAGGACAUCAGUAUUCAAACCUCAGAUACUUACAGACUAGACGGAGAGAUGUUUUUGAGUUGUACAUGGCCACAAUUUAGUAUCUUGUGGCUAUAGUUAAAGGUUUUAUUUGCUGUUUUGUUUUUUUUAUAACAGUAACUUGUCUUGGAUCAAGUGCUAUUUUAUAAACUGAUUAAAAACUAGGGUGAAAGCCAUAUUUUAAAAUAAACCCAAAUUUAUAGGCAAUUUCUUGUAUUUUAAACUGGUGGUAUAAAUGCUAAUAAAAAGCCCAUUUUAGGUGCUUGUACACAAGAAAAAUCAAAAGCAUAGACAAAUCUGAAUCCAGGAAACUAGCAAAAAAGUUGAAUGCUGACAUUAAUUUUGGACUUAAAUAGCCAACUCUGAAUACAGCUCUUAGUCUAAAGCCUCAACUGGGAGACGGAGGUCAGACCGGUUAGCUCAGUAGUUCAUGCAUGAAGUGCCAUAAAGUUAAGUGUUGCAUGCAAAGGAGUAAGAGGCAUAAUGGUGAAACCAGACAGCCAGAGAUAAUGUGACUUCAUUCAGUACUUAGAGAUAGUGAUAGAGUUAGAGAAAAUUGAUUGUGGAAGUUAUUUUAUGCUAAAAAGGUGUAUCAGGGGACGAUGAAUAACAGGUAAUCUGUUCCGGUAUUAUAGCCUGAGAAUUUAAACAAACAAACAAAUAAACAAAUACAUAAAUACAUAAAUACAUAAAUAAUCUAAGCAUAAAGCACUACAGAGUACAAUCCACACAUUAUAGUAUAUGUUCUGCUUUAAGAAAAAUAACAACUUAUGGUCAUCAUAAUAUACCAGGUAUUUUGUGGCUUUCCUGAACUGAGACCUUUUCUACAUUGCUCAUCUUAAUCCCUGUCUAAAUUCAGGAAAAUCACAGUUUAUAGGUUUAUCAAGCACUAGAUAAAACCUCAUCAUUUCUGUCUACACUUGUCAGAUCACCUCUGCUGAAAAAAUACUUUUCCCCAUUUGUAUUCCUGUUGUGUUUUUAAUGUUAUAAUAGCAAGAUAAAUGUAGCACUGUCCCACACAGGUCUGAUACGUACAAUCGUUCUAUCUUUAAAUACGAACAAGGCCAGUAACAUCUAUACCAUCUUCUCUUUAGUAAACUCUUUUUUUAAAUGUUUAGCAUGUCACAGAUCUAGCAUCAGGGUUGCCAGGUACUGUAGGUGUAACAAAAUUGGCUUCAUUUCAAAAACUCAAACCCUCCUAAACUAUGUACUUUUCUUAAAAUUAUGAUUAAUCUUACUUUCAAAUAUUUGCAAAGUAAAAUCAACUCUGUAUGUUUUUUGUUUGUUUGUUUGUUUGUUUUUUUUCUUAUAAAUAAAGCGUUAUUAAAAUCGUUAAAAAACAUUUUCCAGUAAAAACCAGUAUUAAAAUCGUUUUCAUUACAGUAUUUUAAUAUUACAAUAUUAUUAAUUAUAUUCUCAUGAAUAAAGAUAAAUGAGUACACCUGUGUGCUAUUACACAGUAACACGGUAUACGUAUUUUCUAUUUUAUUUAUAUUAUUAUAUAUUUUAUUUUACACUAGUUACAAUAUAUGAAUUCAGCUGUUCUUUGAAUCAUAACCACAUGCUGAAGAAUUACGUUAUAGGAUGUAAUAUUUCUAUAUUCAUUUAUAAACCAACAGCAACUCUGAAGCCUAAUGUUUUUAUAAUUGCAUUACCAAUUACAUUACCAAACAUUUAAAAUGUCCCCAUCUGAACCCACGGACAGGAAAACAUGCUGUAAUUCAACUCAGUCUGUUAGAAAUGUUAUACAGAAUGGACUGGAAAUUACAGUGUUCUUUUUAUGUGGUAUCAAACACACAAUAAAAACUUUAUACUACGUAUAUACUGUAUGUAGAAUAGAAGUCAAAUUUUAGCAUGCACAUCACUUUUUUUGUUGUUGCUAGAAUCAGAGUUUUCAUAGCUGAACAUUCUUGUAAAGAUUUAUUAGAUUUCUUAUUGGCAUAAUAUAGAUAUUAGUCAGAUUAAAUUAUCACUUGGAUUGAAUGGGUUUUAUCCAAACUUAAAAAAAUAUAUAUGUUGGCCUAUAAAUAUGAUCAACUUGAAUUUUAUGACAGUUUUAAUAUAAUAAAUGUGUUGUGUGGUUGUCAAGUUUUUAAAUAAAUUUAAAAAAAAUCUCUCUAGCGCUAAUAAACGACCCAGAAUUACUUACUGAGGUUAAUAUUUCAAGAGAAAUGAUUCUGUAUUGAGAAGAUUGAGAUUGGGGUUUGAGGGGAAAAAAGCGUGUCUUAUAAUCCGGAAAAAGCUCAAGAGGUGUUUAUAUAUAUUAUAUUCAGCAGGAAAAUUUCAAUGCACUUUUUGCUUUUUGUCUUUGACAUGUUUGAUUUGUGUAAAUGCCACAAAGGUGAUUAAAAUUUCACUCUUUAUUUGUGGAGAGCAUUUGUUUGUUUGUCGGUAUGUUUAUUCCUUCAGUCCUUUAUUUCCACUAUUUAUUUAUUUAUUUAUUUAUUUAUU